AUGUCAACUAUAGAUAAUAAUACAUCAUUAGCAGCAAUAGCUUUAAUAGGUAUAUCCUGUGAAUUUGCAGGUGAUACUCCUUCACCAAAUGAUUUAUGGGAUGCAUUGAAAGAAAGUCGUGAUGUUGGUAGUGCGAUACCAAUUGGUCGGUUUGAUCUUGAAUCAUUUACUGCUCAUAUGCUUAAUAUGGAUAAUAAUGGACAACUUCGUCAAAAACUUCUUCGUACUGGUUAUUUUAUUGUUGAAAAACUCAAUGGUACAAAAACAUCAACACAUAUUGGACAAUUUCCAACAGAUCAUGCAAUUGCAACAAUUCGUAUGAGACCUGAACAUCGAUCAAGAUUUCAUGGACCAAAUACAUUAUUAUAUAAUGCAUCAGCACGUUUAUCAUAUCAUUUUAAUUUACAAGGUUCAAAUUUAUCACUAGAUGUUACUUGUUUAUCAUCUUUAAGAGUUUUACAUAUGACUGUACAAUGUCUUCGUACAAAUGAAGCGGAUAUGGCUGUAUGUGGUGGUGUUAAUGGAAUUUUUGCACCAGAAAGUUUUCUACAAAGUUCACUUAUUGGUGCACAAUCACCUGAUGGAAGAAGUCGACCGUUUAGUGCUGAUGCUAAUGGUUAUGCUAAAGAUGACGGUCUUGGUUUUUUAUUAUUAAAACAAUUAAGUGAUGCUGAACGUGAUGGCGAUCCAAUUGAAGCUAAUUGUUUAGAUCGAUUUUUUAAUCGAUCAACUCUUGAUCCACCAUUAUUAUUAGGUUCAAUUAAAAGUAAUUUAGGACAUACAGAAGAUGCAGCUGGUGUAGCAUCAAUUAUUAAAGUUGCUAUGUGUAUGUAUCAUCGUGGUAUUACAGUAAAUAUGCAGUUUACUUCACUUAAUCCAAAACUCGAAGCACAAAAAUAUAAUCUACAUAUUCUUCAAAAUUUUAUACCAUUUCCAUCCGUUUCAAAUAAUGAAAAAAUAGCUAUUGGUGUUAAUUCAUUUGGAAUGGUUGGUUCAAUGACACAUUCUAUCAUUGAAGAAUAUCAACCAAUAAAUAAAACAUCAAUUGAAAAUGGUCAUAUCGAUGAAAAUCAUAUUAAAAGCAAACAAGAAUAUUUUAUUCUUAUUUUUUCAAAACAAAUCAAUGCUUUUCUGACUGAACAAGCAUCACCAGGCCUUUCAAUCAUAUCACGUCCAACAAAACUAUUAGCACAGAAAAUAUGUUUUGUUUUUAGUGGACAAGGUCAACAAUGGUGGUCUAUGGGUAGACAAUUAUAUGAAAGUGAACCUUUAUUUAGUAAAUGGAUUAAUUUAAUUGAUGGAGAAAUGACAAAAAUUAAUAAGGGUGACUGGCGAUUAUUAGAAGAAUUAAUUGAAAAGAAAAAUGAACAAGAAUCUCGUAUUAAUGAUACAAAUAUUGCUCAACCACCAUUAUUUGCUAUACAAGUUGCAUUAGCAGCUUUACUUGUUUCAUGGAAUAUUUAUCCAUCAUUUAUAAUAUCACAUAGUGGUGGUGAUCAAGCAGCUGCUUUUGUUGCUGAUCGUUUAAGUUUAAAAGGAACUGUUCGUGUGUUACCUCUUUCAAUGAGUGAAGAAGAAGUAGAAAACAAACUUUUGAAAGGUAUUGAACAUUUGGCUUGUAUUGCUGUUGUUAAUAGUCCUCGUUCAGUAACAAUAAGUGGUGAUGAAAAAACUAUUGAUGAAAUACAACAAGUUCUUUCCAUAUCUUAUCCAAAUGUAUUUGAAGCAGAUAUUCGAGGAUUUCUAAUACAAGAUCAUCAACAAAUUUUUCAUUCAACGUGUGCAAAAGCAAAACUUUAUUCAAGUGUUAUUGGUGAACAAAUGAAUGAUAAUAUACCAGUUGAUAGUCAAAUUCCGAGUUGGUAUGAAUCAAAAGAUUCAUCUAUACAACGUUUAGCUAAUCGUAUAUCUACUCAUCCAUUACUUAAUAUUCGCCAAUUAAAUGAACAAACAAGUGCAACAUGGAAAAAUGCAAUUUUUUUCCCGAUUGUUGCUUAUCUUGAACUUGCAACAGCUGCUUGUCAACAAUUACUUGCCCCAAAAGAAGAUGAUCAACAACAACCAACAAUUAUUUUUGAAAACGUUAAUUUUUUUAAAGCACUUAUUCUUAAUAAACAUGAAUUAGUAGAAGUAUUUACACAAAUAAUUAUGCCAAUGCGUGAAUGGUAUAUUAUAUUUUGUAAUCAAGAUAAUCUUAAUAAAUAUUUAUUAAAUCAAUUUACUUUAUAUGCACAAGGUAAAAGUGAAAUUGAUUCUAAACAACAAAAAUCAUUAACAGUACCCGAUAGAUGGACCAUACAAGAUAUACGAAGUGCUUAUGCACAUCUUCCAGCACGUGCUUAUCAAUAUGAAUCCAGUUUUGAAAAAAUAAAAACAGUACAUGCUAUUUCAACUACAGUUAUAUCUCAAUUAUCAGAUGAUAAUAAUAAUUGUUCAUCUUAUUAUUUACUUCAUCCAUAUCAAGUUCUAUUACCAGGUGUUGAAACAAUAUUUCUUCCAGUACGUAUUCUAAAAUCUAUUUAUUCAAGUAAAACAAAAACGAAUCAGUCAGCAAAUAUCGAAGUAUGUGGAAACUAUUAUGACAAUAUAUGUGGUAUAGGUCAAGAAGGAACAUAUAGUCUUGAUUUAUGGACCUUUCCAAUGGAUAAUAAAAUCGAAGAACCAAUAUUUACAUUUGAAGGUGCUGUUAUUCAACAAGUUCAAGGUGCACAUUCUGGUCGAUGGUCAAUGGAACAAACAAUUUAUGAUAAAUUAAAUCUAACAACUGAUUUACCUAAUAAAGAUCAUAAACUAUAUUUAAAUACAAUUAUAAAAGAUUAUUGUAUGAAAAGAGUAUCGAUUGAUUCACCAAUAAUAAAAGAUAAAUCAGGUUUACUUCCAUCACCUAAUCGAAUUCUUAAUAAUCAACUUAAUUCUAUUAUUAAUCAAGAUUUAAUUGAAUCAAUAGAACCAUUGAAUGAACUGGCUGCUUAUUAUGCUCAAAUAGCAGUUAAAGAUCUUGAUUUAAAUCAUAUACAUCAUCUAUUAUUAAAUGCAUGUCGUUCUCUUGCUUCCAAUUUACAUUCAGAACAAGCAGUAACAUGGCAUUCAACACAACUUCGCCUUAUUCAAUUAAGUGAACGUUUUCCUCGUUUAAAAUCAUUUUUAAUCAUAUUAAAUAAAUAUGGUUUACAUUUAAAAGAUAUUCUUAAUGGAGAAAAAAAUGGAUUAGAUAUAUUUGUUUAUGAUGAUGAAAUUGAACAAAUUUUUCAUUCGAUUUGUCAAUAUUUACAAUUACAAUAUAAACAACAACAAACUAAAGAUAAUUCAUUUGAGAAGUAUCGGCUACGUAUAUUUUUGUUAACUGAUAGUGGUUGUUCAGAUGUUUUACCUAUUCUUGAUCUUUUUUUUAGUUUAUCACAACAAACACGUUUAUUAAUUGAUUUACAUUAUGCAGAUUCUAAUCCAACACAACUUGCAAAUGCUCAACAAACAUUUAAUACACAUAUAACUAAUCAAACAAUUGAUUUCUAUGAUAGUAAAACACUUGAGAAAACACCAAUAGAAUCAUUUGAUAUUAUAUUUUCUGCAAAUCAACUUCAAGAAAAUCAAGAUUUAACAAGUUGUUUAAUUGAUCUUCGUCGUUUACUUGUUCCUAAUGGUCUUCUUUUAUUACUUGAAUUAGUUCAUGUUCCUCUUCAUUUUGAUGUUAUUUUUGGUUUUUUUGAUCAAUGA